GGUUCCCAGACAGCACCAUCACCACAGCCCCCGCCAACUUGCAGGUGGCAACUAUCAGGUACAGAAAUAAGGAAACCACCUGCAGUGACACGAGGUGCUUUCCCUGCUUGUCACCUCUGUUCACUGUUCUCUUCUCUUGUUCCCUGCUGCUCCUUCCUGGCCCCACGCCUGCCUGCAGGGAGAGAAAAUCCAAGAUCACGGCCUCACGCAAACUCUUGUUGAAGAGUUUGAUGCUGGCAAAAGCAAAGGAGGAGUGGGAUCAGGAGAUUGUGGACAAGCAGGCAGAGAAGGAACGAUACCUGUCGGAGAGGAUCACGCCACUGCACACCAGUGGGCUCUCCUUGAGCCAGCUUCAGGACCUGUGCAGGGAGCUGCAUGAGAAGGUUGAAAUUGUGGAUGAAGAGAGAUACGACAUCGAAGCGAAAUGCAACCACAACACUCGGGAGAUUAAAGAUCUGAAGAUCAAGGUCCUUGAUCUCAGAGGGAAGUUCAAGAGGCCUCCCCUGCGGCGGGUCCGCGUCUCCGCCGAUGCCAUGCUGAGGGCUCUGCUGGGCUCCAAGCACAAGGUAUCCAUGGAUCUGAGGGCCAACCUGAAGUCUGUCAAGAAGGAGGACACUGAGAAGGAACGCCCCGUGGAAGUGGGAGACUGGCGCAAGAACGUGGAGGCCAUGUCAGGGAUGGAGGGGAGAAAGAAGAUGUUUGAUGCUGCCAAGUCCCCCACAGGCCAGUGAGAGGAGCAUCAGGAAGAAGAGCUCCCCCCACUCCCACUGCCUCCCUGCCCCUCGCUGCCCCUCCGUGCUCUUGGUGCCCUUACCCUGAAUUCACUGCUGAGCUGAAACACACGGACAACUGUGGGAAGGAGACCUGAGCUUCCUUCCUUCAGCCCUGCCAUCCCCCCUGCUCCCCCACAGCAUCUCCCUGGUAUCACCUGCACAGGCCACGCUGUCUCCAAGGGGCCACUGGCCACUCUUCCCCUCCCACUGUCCCACCACUGUAGAGGCCCUGGCGACUGCUGCUGGUCCUCCCACUGCUGCUGGUCCUUCCAUAGCUGGUCCUUCCACUGCUGGUCCUUCCACUGCUGGUCCUUCCACAGCUGGUCCUCCCACUGCUGCUGGUCCUUCCACAGCUGGUCCUUCCACUGCUGGUCCUUCCACAGCUGGUCCUU